CGGAAUAUUCGCCAACGAAUGUGUGUCACAACUCACAACUGCACCGAUUGCAGUCGGCUCGCGACAGCGCGCGAGGAUUGUUUACGAGUUGUGCGUACAAACCUGCUACACUUAAACGAGCAAGCUAAGCUGUUAACACAAACAUAAAUUACACAUUAUAUAUAUAUAUCGUUCACUCAGGAACAGACACCAGCUGUGAGACCGCAAGCCCCCGACCGUAUGCCUAUAAACAUAAGGUGACGUCAGUUUCAAAUACGUUUUGAACGUGAUGACUAACCAAGAGGAACGGGUGGUUCUGGUGACCAAGUCUAAAAGUGCCGCUUGCACAGUGCUGGUGGUCGAACGGCAGGCGGACAACAACAACGACCGGUGCAAGAACGACGAGUACACCGCUGGCGGACAGUACAGUGGCAUAGUGGUCAGCAAAGUUGGCAAGUACGUCGGCGAUGAUGACACUCCCUUUGAUGCCUCAGUACAAUUUACCGUAUCUUUAAUAAACAGUCAGACGGGGAUGCACACCAAAGAGCGCCGGACCAUCAAAUUCUGGUGCCGGCAGGACCGAACGGCGGACGCUUCUACGGUAGCCUCAGAGUUCUUUCAGGACGUUAUAUUACCCGACAAGUUUCCACUGGACUACGUGGGAUUCGUCAAAAGGCUUUUAACUCUGAUGCAAAAAGGCUACAAGGUCGUAACGAAACUCGAAAUCGAACUGAAACAGUUAGAAGAAACGGCAGCGAUCCCAAUCCGUGCAGUUUCUACAGAUGAAUCAAUUAGAGAGGACGUUACUCAAACAAAACUGCGAGAACUAAUCGAAUCAUCGUAUCCCAACCCGCUGACCGUCGACGACAUUUCAAAGAAAAAAGGAUGGAACCAUUCUGACGUGCAAGACAACAUGGACGAAUUGCAAAAAACAGGAAUCGUCAAACGCGUGGACGGUGGUGGAUACACGAGGGUGGUACUACACGACAAGAUCGUGGAACAAAUGCCGAUCAUCCAAAACAACCGUCAGCCGACCGUGGCCAUUAUCACUGCAGAGUAUUGCGAAAAAGUGGCAGUGGACGCGCUAAUCGACAACAAAGAAACGUUUGUGCGAUACAACACAGUGGGAGAAUCAAAUGUUUACACCUUGGGAAAGAUGGGCAAACACAGCGUGGUGUGCACUAAACUGCCAGCAUUGGGACUGAGCAGAGAAGCAACAACAGCUGCCGGCAACGCUAUUACUCGCUUGUUAGGAACGUUUCAGAGAGUCGAACACGUGUUUGUGUGUGGUGUAGCCGGAGGAGUGCCACAUUAUACCGACUAUGACAAGCACGUGAAAUUAGGAGACGUUGUGGUUUCUCAUUGUGGAAACGACCUGAAAGCUGUUUACACGUACUGUGAGAACGUGACAAACGAAAGAGGUAACACAGUAUUCUUCUGUCGUCAGUACUGCCCUCAGAGGUUGGACAUACAAAUAGCGGCUAUGAAGUUGCAAACUGAAGUAAAAUCUGCCGAGCACGUACCGUUGUGGGACACUUACUUGAACGAAGGGUUGGAAGGGAUCGGUCAACACAAACAAGACGACGACGCCGCCAAGUUCAAUCGUCCGUCAGCAGAAUCAGACAAACUCCGCAUGUGUGUCGGCGGUACAGACCUCAUCGAAAUUACCCAUCCGAUCUCGAAGAAACAGUUGGACGUAAACAGGGGACCGAGAAUACACGUAGGUCCUGUGGGAGGAGGUCUGAGCGCGACGUCCAACGAUUUUAUCCGACAAAAAUUUACCGCGGAAUAUAAACUGCUGGCCGUGGAUUCGGAGUUCGAUUCUGUCAUGGGGUCGUUGAUGGGCAACUACUGUCAUUCCUACGCCGUGAUCAGGGGCAUUUCAGAUUACAAAGACGGAUCGGUCAAAAACGAAUGGCAACCGUACGCGUCGUUGGCCGCCGCGUCAGUUGUCAAAGCGAUAUUGUCCGUACUGAACGACUAACAGCUGUACUACAAACGCACUGCAAUAAUAAAUGAUAUUUGUCUAAACUUAUCGACGUUCCAGGACCCCGCUAAUUAUGCCGUUUGCGAGGUAUACAACAAGAAAAUAAAAAUUAUGUACUAUAUUGUAAAUAUUAUACACACUAUGCGUGAUGCAAAUCUAUUAAAAUGGAAGACGUCUUAGUUGAAGCAUUGUGAUCUGUAAAUGCAGGAUGUUGGGGUUUCGGUUACACGGGUUUAUAGUUCCAAAUUUGAAAUUAGUACCUAAUCGAUAGUUAACUAAAAUACAAUUUUACCUAGUCUGUGUAAGCGAUGAAAUGUAAUAUUGGUUUUUAUUAUUAUGUUUUGUUUUUGUUGAACUGUAAAAUCAUUAAUAAAUAAUUAUGUAUUAUUACGAGUA